AUUGAAAAUAUAAGCUUGAACUAUGCAAACGUCUAUUAUUUAUCAGUAUGCAGUCGCUCUGUAAAGAGGUAACAACGUUCUUUCAACUCUUGGCCUGUUUUCUACUUAUUUUCUGUCAUUCAAAGUCUGAUUCAAUUGUCAAUUUUGGACCAUGGUAGAAUUUUACCUUCAUAAGAAAUUUUUGUGACACUUUUCAUAUUUGUUAUAAAAUCAAUAAAACGAAAAAAAAAUGAAUUCUAUAGCGAAGAUAUUAUUCAUGUGUUUAUUCUAUCAAGCGGCGGCGUUAAUUCCACCAAAGUUUCAAUGGAAAACUUUGGACUUUGCUUGGCCAGGUUCUGAAAGGCAGUCUGCUAUGAGCAAUGGGACUUACAUAGCCGAAAACAACAUGCCGACAGGGAUAGCCAGGUGGAAGGAUAAGUUAUUCAUAACUAUUCCACGUUGGAAAAAAGGAAUACCGUCGUCUUUAAAUUUCGUUUACUUGAAUGACUCACAAAACGCACCUCUUCAUCCUUACCCCAACUGGGAAGAGGGAUGCCUGACUUCAAACGGGGCUGCGGCAUCUAACAGGACUGUGGUCUCCACCUUUAGGGUGCACGUGGACAGAUGCAAUCGUCUGUGGGUUGUGGAUAACGGAGUCACCGAAAUGUCAAAGGAUGUAAGACAAAUAACGCAGCCGUCUAUCCUCGUGUUCGACUUGAAGACGGACGCGCUGCUGAAGAAGUAUGUCUUCAAAGACGACGUGCUACGGGACUCCUCCGUGUUGACUAGCAUUGCGGUUGAAAUAGUAGGCAAGGAGUGUGCUAAAGGCAACGCCUUCGCUUACAUAACCGAUAUGGGGUCGAAUGCUAUACUCGUCUACAGUAUGAAGGAUGACGACGCUUGGCGUGUCGAGAACCAUUACUUCCAUUUUGACCCCCACGCUGGGGUCUACAAAGUUGGGGGUAUUGACUUUUACUGGAGCGAUGGUGUAUCCUCUGGUACUUUGUCGCAACCGAAAAAGGACGGGUAUUGCGAUUUGUAUCUUCACCCGACGUCAAGUACGAAGCAGUUUAGGAUGUCGACGAAAUUGUUGAGAGACAAGGACGCACCCAAAGAGGAUAUAUUCAACGGAGUAGAGAUAAUCGGAGAUAGAGGCCCCAAAUCCCAAGCAACUGCCUGCGACAUAGAUCCAGCAACCAAUGUACUAUUUUACACGCAGGUAUGCAAAAACGGUUUGGGAUGUUGGAACAUUGACAAACAGUUUAACGAAGAGAACACGCCGCUUAUUCUCAGCGACUGUACCUUAAUGGAAUUUCCCAACGACGUUAAAGCAGACCGAGAAGGCAAUCUCUGGAUACUGAGCGACAGACAAUCCAGGUUCCUUUACGAAGCGAUGGACUUUGACCAAGUCAACUUCAGGGUUCUGACGUCACCCACCUCGACGCUCAUUCAAGGGACUGCGUGCGAGAAGAAAUCCAUUUUCAGUCGACUCAGCGGCUCGGUCGGCAAGGUUUGUUGAAGACUGUUUUAAGAUGUUUGCAACGAAGGGAACUGAAGUCAAUUUUAAUAAGGGCAAUAAAGGGAAAAAUCCUUCCCCUAGUAUACCAGUAGAGCUAAACAGAA